AUGUCAUACUUGGAAAGAAUCGAGGGGCUGGCCUCCAGGCUGAGAGAGGAUAAUGAUUUAGCCAAGAGCCUGUCCACCAUCUCUGAAAUAUGUGAAAUGGUGGAGCCGCUAGGUUCAUCAGCAGAAUAUGAAAAAUUCCUCAACUCAAUACUGCCUGCUUUGAUGGAGCGGUUAGAAUCGACGCUCUAUACACUAGAUGUCAUGUCACCCCAACAAAAGCUGAGAAACUCAAUACUCGAAGUGCUCAAUAGAUGUAUUAUGAAUGAAGCUUUCGAACCUUUCGCAGUGAAAUACCUUGAUAAACUACUUGUUGUUCUGCAGCAAGAUAACGAGGAAAAUGGAGUCCUGGCUAUGAAGAUCAUCACCGGAUUCUUUAAAUCAUACAAGUCAGCGCUUCAGGAACGCGUAACUGACUUCAUUGACGUGAUCAUGAAAAUAUACAAACACAUGCCAGAGCUUGUACGUCAGACCUUCAACGACGAUCUUGGUGAUAAUGGUGCCUUAGAUCUUACGGGACUUGAUAACACUUCAGAAGUGCUUGACCCUCGAGGCAACGGCGAAGCAGUACAGUCCAGCGACACUUUGGCAGCUACCUCAAAACCACUGAAACGCUCGAUGUUUUCCUUCAAGGUGCUAUCAGAGUGCCCAAUCACAAUGGUAACCCUUUAUUCAUCAUACAAGCAAUUGACUACGUCUUCCCUCCCACAAUUUAUGCCUCUUGUAAUCGAACUUUUGACAAUGGAGGCUGACGCGCAGAGAAAAACCAGAGAGGACUUUGAGGCCCAGGGCAAAAGAUGGAUUAGUGUCAGUCCCAACAUCAAAAAUCGUUCUGCGUACUGCGAUUUCAUUUUAUCCCAAAUUAAAGCAACAUCCUUCCUCGCAUAUGUCUUUAUUCGUGGUUAUGCAGCGGAGUAUCUUCAGAACUAUGUCGGAUUUGUUCCAGAUCUUAUUUUAAGGCUACUGCAGGACUGCCCCGCGGAACUCUCGGCUGCCAGGAAAGAACUGCUUCAUGCGACAAGACAUAUUCUUUCAACAAAUUACAAGAAGCUGUUUCUCUCGAAAAUAAACCUUCUGUUUGAUGAGAAAGUUCUAAUUGGAAAUGGGUUUACUUCUUAUGAGACGCUGCGGCCUCUUGCAUACAGUACUGUGGCCGACUUUGUCCACAACGUCAGAGGAGAUCUGCAGUUAGAUGACAUUGAGAAAACAAUCAAAAUGUACACAGGAUUUCUCCUUGAUGAGAGUUUGGCUCUCACUGUACAGAUAAUGAGUGCCAAGCUUCUCUUAAAUCUUGUUGAACGAGUCCUGAAACUGGGAAAAGAGAAUCCGAAUGACUCCGUGAGAUCAAAAAAGCUACUUAUCGUUAUAGUGGAUGCUUACACUACUCGGUUCAGAAACCUUAAUCGCCAAUAUGACAACUUAAUGAAACAUCACGAGGAAUACGAGAAGGAAAAGAUGAAGAAAUCUGCAACCUUCAGGAAAGAACUGGAAAAGGCAAAUGAGGAGACCGAGAACUUCAUAAGAGAGAUGUUAAGAGUCAAAGAACCGCUCAAACAGGAAACUGAUGCUGAAGGAGAUGUUAAAAUGGAAGAAAAUGUCGAAGGCCACACAGAAACCUCACCUAAUGAUGAAGAAUCUGAACCUGACAACGAGGAUACCACCAUAGAUGUGUUUGACAUCAAAUUUAAGAGCCCUAUAUUAUUGUCCUCUCCACCUAACAGCGACCCAUUGAAGGAUGCCUUCUAUCUAUACAGGACAUUAAUGUCUUUCUUGAAGACAAUCAUUCAUGACUUAAAAGUUUUCAACCCUCCUUCCACCGAGUAUACCACAAUGAAUCCCAAAGUUUGGACUUCUCUGUCACGGAUCUUUUCUCAUGAGGAAGUUGUAGUAUUCAAAGAUCUGUUUCACGAGUGUAUCCUUGGGUUGCAAUUCUUCUCAAGCCCUGAAGGGAAAACGGUCACAGACAAAAAGCACUUUGACAUUGCUGCUCCUAGCUUGCCUGUAUCCGCCACUAAGGAUGGCAGGGAGUUAAUGGAUUACUUCGCCAUCAUGUUCAUGCAGAUUGACAGCCCAACUUUCAACGAUAUUGUUGAAGCAGAAAUUGACUUUUUAUAUCAAGCAAUGCUUCGUGAUUCGGCUUUGCUGCAUGUUGCUCAGUCUUUUUUGACAAGUGAAACUACUUCACCUAAGUUUACCGGAAUUUUACUGAGGUUUUUGAAAAGCAAACUAAGCUCUUUGGGGAACGUUGACGGCAACAAAUCUAAUAUUCUGAUCCGUCUUUUUAAGCUGUCUUUCAUGUCUGUGAACCUUUUCCCUAUAACAAAUGAAAUUGUCCUUCUUCCACAUUUAAACGAUCUCAUAUUGGACUCAUUAAAGUUUUCAACGACAGCUGAAGAACCCCUAGUCUACUUGUAUCUUAUCAGGACGCUGUUCAGGAGCAUUGGCGGCGGCAGGUUUGAAAAUCUCUAUCGAUCCAUCAAGCCCAUACUUCAAGUUCUUCUUCAAUCUUUAAACAGAAUGAUUUUGACGGCACGCAGACCUCAUGAGAGAGAUCUGUAUGUUGAGCUUUGCUUGACAGUUCCAGUGCGCUUAAGUGUUCUAGCGCCCUAUUUAAGCUACCUGAUGAAGCCUCUUGUCUUUGCUUUACAAGGAUUUCCUGAACUAACCACACAGGGCUUGAGAACGUUAGAAUUGUGCAUAGAUAAUUUGACCGCGGAGUACUUCGACCCAAUCAUUGAACCUGUUGUUGAAGACGUAAUUCGCUCUCUGUUCAAACUUCUGAAGCCACAGCCUUUCAAUCACCAAAUUAGCCAUACCGCUGUCCGCAUUUUAGGCAAGCUGGGGGGUAGAAACAGAAGAUUUUUGAAGCCACACUCAGAUUUGAGGAUUGCCGAGGAGCUAGAUAUCCCCGUUAAUGCCACUUUUAGAAUCCUUGGCAUUAAUGACGAGGUUCCCCUCUCAAUUACACCAGGCGUACGGUCGGCGUUGGAUAUCUUGCAAGAUUACCGCGGUGAGGCCUUUUACAAGAAGAGCGCCUAUAACUACCUGAAGUCGAUUUUGCAGCUCUUCCUUAAGCCAUCACUUGCUAUUCCAGAGAACUAUGAAGAAUGGAUAGGCGGCGCUUUGAAGGUACUAGCCCAAGAAGUAGUCAAACCGCCAGUGUCUCAAGACACAGAAGAUGAGAAAAUUAGGGACAAGCGUCUUUUAAAUAGCCAAGAGAUGCUACUUGCAAAAAUACUUGAGGCUGUAAUUUUCUCUGCAUCCAUCGAAGAGCUAAAGUCGGAAGCAAACGAUUUGUUUCAAAACGUGGUCAACCAUUUUUGUUUUUUGCAGUUAAACAAUGCGCUUAACAAGAAAAUGGGGGAAACUGAAAAGUUUAGCCUCGAUGUCAAGCUACCAAAGGUUUCAAUUGAUACCAACAUAAUUCUCGACGCGAUAUCCGAAGGACUGAGCUCGUACAUGGAAGAAUCAAGGAAUAUUUCUGUUUCAGCUGUUAAGCAGAUAUUCGGUACUAGUGAACGCAUCUACGGCUCAGAGCUUUCUUUGAAAUAUUCGUUUAUACCCCUAUUGGUCGAGAAGUUUAUCCACCAGUGUUACGACGAGGCAUAUUUCAAGAAAAGCAGUGGAGUUUUAGGGAUACAAACCAUGAUUGAGGAGGUAAAUAUACCGGUCAGCUUCCUAAAAAGCUACCAAUUUGAUCUUAUCGCGGGUCUUCUGUUUGUUCUAAUUGAUACUCCUCUUGAGGCACCCGGUAUUAUUAGAGAACGCGCAAGAAAGCUAAUAAUAAGCAUUUUGGCAAGUACUUGCAAAAACAUUACAGAGGAAUCGUUGAAUGAGAAAGGUUUGCAAAAUACCCUCAUAGAUAUAGUCUGCGAGUUGAGCAAUGCUAACGAAGCUGUACGAAGUGCUUGCCAAGACGCCUUAUCUACUGUGUCAGAGGUAUCGGGGAUACCGAUUGUUAAGUUAAUGAGCCAUUCUAAAAAUUUCUUGCUUUCACCAAUUUUUGCAAAACCAUUGAGAGCUCUGCCCUUUCCUAUGCAAAUAGGAAAUGUGGACGCAAUUAUUUACUGUCUCAGCCUUCAGGGCAGUUUCUUAGAGUUUAACGAGGAACUCUACCGCCUGUUACAUGAAGCCAUUGCGCUGGUUGAUGCCGAGGAUGAAUCUCUUGCUAGUGCUCAGCGAGUCACCGAAUAUCAAACAGCAGAACAGCUGGUACAAUUGAGAGUAGUUUGCAUCAAACUUCUUUCGCUAGCUUUGAAAAAUGAAGAAUUUGCUUCUGCUCAACAAGGUGCAACACGUAUUCGAAUUCUCGCAGUAUUUUUCAAAACAAUGCUCAAAACUUCCCCGAAAAUCAUCGAAGCAACAUAUCAAGGCUUGAAAAGCGUGUUGGCAGAGAAUUCCAAGCUACCAAAAGAGCUGCUACAAAACGGUCUCAAACCAAUGCUCAUGAACCUCUCUGAUCACCAGAAAUUAACAGUUUCUGGCUUAGAGGCAUUGGCAAAGCUUCUAGAGCUUUUAAUAGCAUACUUCAAAGUUGAAAUCGGGAAAAAACUGCUAGACCACCUAGACGCGUGGUGUAGGGUUGAAGUUCUCGAUAUGCUCUUCGGAAAAGAUUUGAAAGAACAAACACCAACGAAGAUAAUUUACGGCAUUAUCAAUAUCUUCCACCUCUUGCCUCCUCAGGCUGACAUUUUCUUGAAUGAUCUUCUCUUGAAGGUUAUGCUUGUCGAGAAAAAGCUCAGGCUUCAACUUGAUUCCCCAUUUCGCGAACCAAUGGCCAAAUAUCUCAAUAGGUUCCAUUCGUCGGUUACUUCUUAUUUCAAGAAUAACUUGGGAUCAAGGGACUUGGUUUUGUUAAUGUGUUCCAUUAUACAACGUCCGGAAGCCAAUAACCUAAGACAAGAUUUUGAGCAAGAGCUUAAUAACUUUUACGACUACUAUAUGACGGGAAUAUCUUCUAACAAGGUUAGGGUCGUAAGUUUCUUCGCUAACGUUGUUGAAAUUUUUUAUUCGUUGGAGCGCGUUAAGGGCGAUGCUUGGCUAGUAAACAAUGGAAGCUUUUUGUACAAGUUGAGAAGUAUGCUCAAGCUGACUUUGGAUAUUGUUGAAGAGAACGAUUUCCACUUCGAUUUCUUGCAGCUUUCCCAAGCCACCGGAAAGGUUCAAGACCUUCAUACCAGGUACCUGGAGCUAAAUGGUAAUAAUCCGGCCAAGUUAUUUGAGUUUUUAGAAUUUGCUUUCACCUCCGGACUCAAACCAUCUCAAAGCAUACUCUCGUUUAUUGAAAAGUCGGUCAUAACUACAAGUGAAGUAGAAACGAAAAAACUGUAUCUUCACCAUGCUUUGCUGUUUGCAACUAGCGAUAAGCCAUUUCCCGCGACCGUGUUUGUUUUGAAAAAUAUUGUUAACAGCACCUUAGUUUACGAGGGUUUGACGCACAAGUCGCUGAACAGACUAAUCAAAGAAGAUGACGGCACGCAGCCUCCUUGGCUUGGGCUACUAUGCUCAAAAAUAUGGAAAGGUUCCAGCACAAUUCUUGACAGUUUUGCUGCUGGGGAGUAUGAUACUUUUAGGUUUGAAUUACUUCAACUAUCAUCAGUUUUCACUGAAUACGCUGCAGAUCUCGACCCCGCGAUAAGAAAAGAUAUAAUCAGGUUUUGCUGGAACUUCAUAAAACUUGAAGAUGCCCUGGUUAAGCAAGGAGCUUACAUGGUAACUGCAUAUUUUAUUGCAAAGUUUGAAUUUCCUGUCAAGAUCGUAACUCAGGUCUUUGUUGCCCUGCUGCGAACCUCACAAAUUGAGUCGCGCUACAUGGUCAAGCGGUCUCUUGAUCUUCUUGCUCCGGUUAUGCAUGAGCGUAUGGCCUCGGCCGAUCCUCCAAAUGCUUGGAUUAACUGGGUGCGGCGCGUUCUUUCAGAAAAUAACGCCAGUCAAAACAGCACAUUGUAUCAACUUCUCAUCAAUCACCCUGAUGAAUUUUUUGAAUCUCGUGAGCUCUUUAUUGCAAGCGUUAUCAAUUUUGUUGGAAAGUUAACUUUGAUGACGAACCCAAACUUAGAAAACCAAACUUUGGUGAUUGAUUUGGCCGAGCUCAUCUUGAAGUGGGAAAAGAAAGCCAAAGAAUCUGACGGAGGAGACGAUAGCGUGGAUGGAAAUGAAACAAAAGAGAUAAAACAACAAGAAACGUUUGGACAAAGAGAAGCGUUCGUCACGUACCUUGUAAGAUACGUUUGCGUCAGUAAUCACCGGACCUCAGAGACAGAGUUGGGCUUCCGCACCCUGAAAGUCUUGUCAGAGAUUCUUUCGGAAAAUUAUUGGCCUGACGUCACCGUCAAGCUGAACUUUUUCGAAAAGUUCUUGGUUCAGCAUGACCUGUCUUCUUCAAACGUGUCGUUCUACUGCGUGAAUGCUCUCGAUGUUUUAGACGUGAUAUUACGGAACAAAAGUGCCAGCUGGAUAGUUUCAAAUCUCGUACUUAUCCAGAGCCUUCUUGACAAAUGCUUGCGAAGUGACCACCAUGACAUUCAGGAAGCCCUGCAAAAAGUUUUAGGUAAAGUUCUUUCCGCCAUAAAGCACACCGAAGAGUCGUCUCUUGAGAGUGAUACAGAAACGCCUAGUAAGUUGCUGCUCAACACUUUGAUUUCCAUCAUCACAGAGGAUCUUCAAGGCACAUCAUCAGUCGCUGCAGGUGUGAUGCUAACGUGGACGCUAUUCAUGCACUUUCCACAAUAUGUUGACUCUCUUUUGCCCUCCAUUAUGAAAACAUUCAGCAAGCUAUGCAAGGAUCAUUUGGCAACAUCUCAGCCAAAGGAUCCCGCAACUUUGGAGGAAUCAAGAAUCACGACGAAACUACUGGAAAAAGUUCUGUACCUUCUUUCGAUGAAAGUCGCUUUACUUGGUGACGCGCGCCGACCAUUCCUAUCUACCGUUGCUUUGUUGAUCGACAGAUCCAUGGAUCAAAAUUUCUUGAAGAAGGUUAUAAUGAUAGCAAGAACAUGGGUCUUCACUAAUGAGAUUUUCCCCACCGUCAAGGAAAAGGCUGCGAUUUUAACGAAGAUGCUUGCUUUUGAGGUAAGAGGAGAGCCUAAGCUUUCCAGGCAGUUCUAUGAAAUAAUACUGGAGCUUUUCGAGAACAAAGACUUUAACAAUAGCGAAAUCACGGUAAGGAUGGAACAACCUUUUUUGGUUGGAACGCGAGUGGACGAUAUAUAUAUCAGAAAGAGGUUGAUGGCUAUCCUCGAUGAGAGCCUUGAAAGGGAUAUCAAGGAAAGACUGUACUAUGUCAUCAGAGACCAAAACUGGGAAUUCAUUGCUGAUUAUCCUUGGUUGAACCAAGCGCUGCAGCUUCUCUAUGGUGCCUUUGAUAAAGACUUUUCACUAGACUUACGUGGCGCUUACCAACUUGAUCAAUUAGGCACUGCUCUUGCAGAAAUUACUAUUGAAAAGAGUGACACAGAACACGAGGAGUCUCCACUUCACGGCCUUCUCGAAAGACAUAAAGAGUUCGCAUCGAAUUUUAGUCAAGUCACUUGCAAUGACCUUGUUGGACCUUUGAUUGACAUUUUUUAUCGUAGUCCGCAAGCAAUUCAUGCAGCUUGGAUAAACGUAUUUGGGGCUGCAUACCAGUCAAUUCCCAAAAAUGAGAAGUUUGGGUUUGUGCGUUCUCUAGUGACACUCCUUUCGAAAGAUUACCAUGCAAGGCAGUUGAAUGUCAGAUCAAAUGUUGUCAGUACACUACUAGACUCAAUCAGCGAAACAGACUCUCUCGAGCUGCCCCCACAUUUGAUAAAGUACUUGGCCACUUCAUACAAUUCAUGGUACCAGUCGAUCAAAAUACUUGAAUCACUUGAAGAAAGCGCUUCUUUAGAGAACGCCAAAAUCAUCGAGACAAACGAGGAUGCUCUUUUAGAACUUUACGUGAAUUUGCAGGAGGAGGAUAUGUUCUAUGGACUGUGGAGAAGAAGAGCAAAAUAUACUGAAACGAAUAUUGCCCUGUCAUUUGAACAAAUAGGCUUGUGGGACAAGGCUCAGCAACUGUAUGAGGCUGCUCAAGUCAAAGCAAGGAGUGGUGCGUUACCUUAUUCUGAAUCAGAGUAUUCGGCAUGGGAGGACAACUGGAUCAUGUGUGCAGAAAAAUUGCAACACUGGGAUGUUCUAACUGAGCUUGCAAAACACGAGGGCUUUACAGACUUGCUUCUUGAAUGCGGCUGGAGGGUUGCUGACUGGAGUGCUGACCGCGAAGCUUUAGAACAGUCUGUCAAAAGCGUCAUGGAUGUGCCCACACCGAGAAGACAAAUAUUUGAAACAUUUUUGGCAUUGCAAAACUUUGCGGAGACCAAGAAAGGCGAUCAAGAAGUAAAGAGGCUUUGUGACGAAGGCAUUCAGUUAUCGCUACAUGCAUGGGCUUCAAUGCCUGAGAGAUUUACCCCAGCUCAUAAAUUCUUGUUGCAUUCGUUCCAGCAGUACAUGGAAUUCCUUGAAGCAACUCAAGUUUACGCAAAUCUGGCUUCUACUUCAAUUCAAAAUCUUGACACAAAGGCCCAAGAAGUCAAGAGAGUUCUUCAGGCUUGGAGAGAUCGCCUUCCUAAUAUUUGGGAUGAUAUUAAUAUGUGGAACGAUCUUAUAACCUGGCGCCAACAUGCGUUCCAAGUCAUCAACAAUGCAUACUUGCCACUUGUUCCAGCUCUUCAGCAAGCAAGCAACAACAGUAAUGUGAACACCCACGCCUAUCGCGGCUAUCACGAGAUCGCAUGGGUAAUAAACAGGUUUGCUCAUGUGGCGCGCAAGCACAACAUGCCAGAUGUGUGCAUAAGUCAACUUGCUCGCAUAUACACGUUACCUAACAUUGAAAUCCAAGAGGCUUUUCUCAAGUUGAGAGAACAAGCAAAAUGCCACUACCAAAACAUGAAUGAACUAACUACUGGCUUAGAUGUCAUCAGCAACACUAACCUAGUGUACUUUGGCACUGUUCAAAAGGCUGAAUUUUUCACCUUGAAGGGAAUGUUCUUGUCAAAAUUGAGAGCCCACGACGAGGCGAAUCAAGCUUUUGCGACGGCGGUCCAAAUCGAUCUCAACUUGGCUAAAGCUUGGGCUCAAUGGGGCUUUUUUAACGACCGCAGGUUGUCAGAAGAGCCUCAAAAUAUCAGCUUUGCCAAUAACGCAAUAAGUUGUUAUCUGCAAGCUGCCGGAUUGUACAAUAAUUCUAAGACAAGAAAAUUACUCUGUCGAAUCUUGUGGCUUAUUGGCAUCGAGGAUAGCACAGGAACUCUUGCUGGUGCCUUUGAAUCUUUCAGGGGUGAGAUACCUGUCUGGUAUUGGAUUACUUUCAUCCCACAACUGCUUACGUCCCUUUCCCACAAAGAGGCAAAUAUGGUUCGUCAGAUUUUGAUAAGAAUUGCAAAGAGUUAUCCCCAAGCAUUACAUUUCCAGCUGAGAACCACAAAGGAAGACUUUUCUGUAAUCCAAAGACAGACAAUGGUUGCAAUGGGCAACUCCCGGCUCCCUAAUAACAAAAGCCCUGCUACAGCAAGCGGCACACGUCAGCCUUGGGAAUAUCUGGAUGAGUUGAAUGGUAUCUUGAAAACAGCGUACCCCCUGCUAGCGCUCUCACUCGAAUCUUUGGUUGAUCAAAUAAAUCAGAAAUUCAAAACCACCUCGGAUGAAGACCUUUUCAGACUCAUCAAUGUUUUGCUGAUAGACGCAACCUACAAUUACAAUCGCCUACCAUUCCCGAGAGAAAAUCCGCUAUUACCAGCAAGUACAGAGACAAACCUUGUGCGCUUCUCUGAGAACCUACUGCCUCCGCACAUUAGCGUGAAAUUCAAUGCUGACUUUAUUGAUAGCAAGCCAAACUUCGAAGAAUAUAUCAAAAGAUUAAGAUACUGGCGUAAUAGACUUGAGAAUAAGCUGGAUCGUGCCCCUAAAAUUGAAAACAUGGAAAAAUGGUGCCCUCAUUUAAGCAAUUUCCAUCACCAAAAAUUCGAGGAUAUUGAAAUCCCGGGGCAGUAUCUGCUCAACAAAGACAGCAACGCGCAUUUCGUGAAGAUUUCGCGGUUCUUGCCGCAUGUUGAAUUUGUGCGCGGAACGCACUCUUCUUAUAGACGACUAACGAUCCGCGGUCAUGAUGGCAGCCUGCACUCCUUCGCAGUCCAGUAUCCCGCAGUACGGCAUUCAAGGAGAGAAGAACGAAUGUUCCAGCUGUUCCGCUUGUUCAACGAAACGUUAUCAAAGAACGUUCAAACGCGCCGCCGCAACGUUCAAUUCACGCUUCCUAUCUCCGUUCCCCUCUCCCCUCAAGUUCGCAUUAUGAAUGACAGCUCUUCGAAUACCACUAUGCACAACUUAUAUGACGAGUAUUGCGAUAAGAAGGGCAUUGACCGCGGGGCUAUUCAAGACUUUGUUUGUCAACAGCUGGAUGCGGCGUAUGACAAGGUUUUACCUCCACCAGAAAUCACUGCCGUCAAGGUUGAGAUAUUCAGCUCUAUUCAAUCUAUGUUCUUACCAUCCUCCGUUAUGAAGAACUAUUUUACAGGACUAUUCACGCAAUUCGAAGAUUUUUGGCUAUUCAGGAAACAGUUUUCAUCGCAGUAUGCCAUGUUCAUAUUUAUGACUUACAUGUUGGCUAUCAAUAACCGGGCUCCUCACAAAAUUUCUAUUGACCAAGUUUCCGGUAACGUGUUCACUCUGGAAAUGCUACCAGCGAGAUAUCCAUAUGAAAGAGUUAAACAGACAGCUAAAAACUUUGAAGCAGAUAUCCCUCCGGACUCACCAGUAUUCCAUAACAAUGAAGCCGUUCCAUUCAGGCUUACUCCUAACAUUCAAAAGCUCAUAGGAGAGUCGGCCCUAGAGGGAAUUCUAUCUGUCAAUAUUUUCCUUGUUGCACGAGCUCUUCUAGAGCCUGACCAUGAAUUGAACACUUACCUGUCUCUCUUCAUUAGAGAUGAGGUCAUUUCAUGGUACAGCAACCUUCACCGUUCAAUUGUUGAGGAUCCUCAACUACGAGAAAUUGUUCGUACUAACGUGGAUCUCAUAACGCGCAAAACCGCCCAGCUUGGCCAUUUGAGCUCAAAGCCAUCUGUCGUAACCCAGUAUGUCCUUGAAGCCAUUAGUGCCGCGGUGAGUCCGCGGAACCUAGCCAAAAUGGACCAGAGCUUCAUGCCAUACUUCUAG